GAUCGAUCUUUCAAGUUUUCGAUCAGUACCAAAAGGCGAGGAUCAGCUUCGUGCAAACGGUCGGAGAGCUGGCGCUUCGGUCUCAGAACGUCGAGUACCUCAGACAGGCGGGCGCGCUCGGUUUGUUCCCGAAAUCGCGACUAACGGCCCCUUACGUGCAUUUCAGAGCUGCUCCAGUCGCUGCUCUCGGACACCUGCGUGCAAAUUCAGCAAUGCGCGGCGAUCGCGAUCGGACGCAUGGUACACUGCGAUGUCCGGCUCGCCAAGCAGGUCAUCAACCGCAACUGUCUGCCGUUGCUGCUGCGCGACAUCGAAAGGCAGAAUAAGUACUACAAGCGGGCUGUUCUCUUUGUGAUCCGCUCGUUGACGGGGCACAACGAGGAGAUUGCGAGCGUGGUGGUGAGCUCGGGGGGACUGGAGGCGUUGGUGUUGUGCCUUGAGGAUUUUGAACCGAUGGUGAAGCAGGGGGCGGUAUGGGCCAUCGGGCACAUUGCGCGUCACAGUCUGGCGUUAGCGCAAAACGUGGUCGACAUAGGCGCGGUCCCCUUGGUGAUCCUGUGCUUGCAAGAGCCGGAGUUAACGAUCAAGCAAGUCUCGGUGAGCGCCAUCGCCGACGUUGCCAAGCACGGCGUGGAUUUGGCGCAGAACGUCGUGGACGCCGGCGCCGUGCCCCACCUGGUGCGAAACCUCGGCAAUCAAGACGAGAAAUUGAAGCGCAACGUGUUGCACGCGUUGAGUUGCAUCGCGACGCACAGCAACGAUUUGGCCGAGGUCGUCGUCGAGGCCGAGAUUUUCCCGAGCGUGCUCAUCCACAUGUCGCACGCGUGCCCGGUCGUGCGUCGGAACGCCGCCUCGCUCGUGCGCGACAUCGUUAAGCACUCGCUCGAAUUGACGCAGCUCGUCGUAAACACCGGCGGCAUCGGGGCCCUAAUGGAGGCCUUGCAUCAUCAGUCCGAGGAAUCGAAGGUGCCCUGCAUUACCGCGGUGGGGUACAUCGCGGGUCACAGCGACCAGUUGGCCAUGUCCGUAUUGGGCUGCAACGGAGUGGACGCGCUGACGGGCAUUUUGAGAGCGAGCAGCGACGACGCCACCCAGGCGGUCACGGUAUGGACACUCGGACAGAUUGGCAAGCACAGCCCGGAGCACGCCAAGGCGAUUGGUAUCGCAAAUGCGUUCCCUCUUCUGCUCAACUUCUACUUGGCGAACACGUCGUCUGAGGAUCUCAAGUACAAAUGCAAGACCACCUUGAAGCAGUGCUUGCAGAAGUGCAUCAUGCUCAGCGCCCUCGAGCCGUUACUGUACGUCGCUCCUAUUAACAUCCUCAAGUACGUGCUGGGGCAGUUUAGCAAGCUUCGAGGGACCGAAAAUGCGUAUCCUCCACACCCGAUCCGUGCGCCGCCUACAAAAUUUUUUGUAACUUUCUGGCGACUCGAUAACGUUCUAGAAGGUGUUACCGAACGACCCGAAGGCGCGUCGCCUAUUCGUCACCAGCGGCGGACUAAAGAAGGUUCAGGAAAUACAGGCCGAGCCCGGCUCGAGGCUGAUGGAAUACAUUACGAUAAUCAACGCGUGCUUCCCGGAGGAGAUCGUGCGCUACUAUUCGCCGAACUAUCCCGAAACUUUACUGGAUGCCGUGGAGCAGUACUCGCCGCAGAUCAUGACGAUGUUGCGGGAGACAAAGCUACGCGACAGCGACGUGCAAGCGGACGUCUCUGUGGCCCUGGACGCAGCCUAUAGCCAAACGGAUACGUAGUAACGAGUCUUUUUCAUUAUUUACAAAUACAUAAUCGAUAAUCCUCCCCCUCUCUUCGUACUUUCUUUUAAAUUUGCCAAAAACAGAAACGAAGAAUGGUCGAGAUAAUUUAUAGUGUAAGUAUUUGAAGAUUCAAAAAUGUGAAGAUCAGAAAAUAGAAGAAACUUGUGUCUAAAGACAGAAAGCGCUAUAAUAUAAUUUUUGACACACGAGUGCGUUUUUCAAUUUUCUAGACGAUAUGAAUUGUGUAGGUCAAAAUCUCAAAGAAUCGGCGAUAUAGCUGAAGAAUGUGGAAGAAGAUUUGAAGUAUAUUGAAAAAAUGCGCAAAAGGCACUUGAGGAUCACUCGAAGAAGGCUUAUAGAGAAAAGAAAGUUUGAAGACUUGUAGGAGAUAUAUAGAGAACUGUCUUGAUAACAGUUUUUUGAUGCAGAUUUGAGAAUAGCCUUCAAAUUCGAAAAUUCAGAAAUAUGACGAAGAUGAACUGGAAGAAGAUUUGAAGAAUAUUGGUCAAAAAUCACUUGAUAAUGACAAUUUUUGAUAAACAUUUGAAGAUCUAAAAAAUGAAGAUUCGGUUAUAAAUCUUAAAGAUAUCUUACGCAUCUAGGAAAUUUGACACUAACAAUUUGAAGAACAGAAGAAUCCGAGAAAUGGAUUUGAAGAAAAGGAAAAAUCUUGAAACUUGAACUUUAAGAAACAAAAGAAUGGAAAAAUACGACUGUCGAAUUUGAAAAGAAUGGAGAUAACUUGAAGAAAAGGACCCGUAUGAAGCUGAGUAAGGUAAAGAAUUAAAAAAUUCAAAGCAACAGAAUAAUUUCUCGACUGGUUUCGUCUUGUCGCUCUACGUCUACGCCACUGGUGACCGCUGAUCGAACGCGACCAAACAAUUU